ACAUUUAGAAGUUGAUUGUAUUUGUAAUUGCAUGUUUUUAGUCCUCGGGACAUUACACAUUUGUUUCCCAUAGUUAAAAAGUAAAGCAUCGGUGGUUGUACCGACAUCUAGCGGUCAAAGUUGGAACUGCAUCGAAAAAUCACCUCCGAUCUUUAAGGUCGCUUGGAAAGUAGAGCGUCAGUCCGCUCGGACAAUGACACUCAAAUGUAGGAGCCUCUUAUUUUUCUUGAGAAAUACUAUAUAAAAUAAUGGCCAAAACAUUGAAACAAUCGCCUAAAAAAAUAGUUUCGUCAUUUGAUGACAGUCCCAUCUCCCGCGCUACUUAAGCGUCCGUUGCGCGUCCAAAGUGCGAAAGUUCCUACGCUUCGUGAAGGCAUCACGCGCCUCUCGUCACCGGGCUUGACAAAGUGGCGCUCAGUUGGUCCGAAGCAAGUCUGACAUCUCAACUCCGCAGGGGAUUACACUUGAUUGACGUCUGCCAGAAAAACAACCCGACUUGUUUCCAUGGGGACGUUUGGCGUUGGGAGUGGAUUGUUGCUGAUUGUUUUGCAGCUUCAGAGCAGCUUUAUCCAGCCAGCAUCGACUUUUGACUUGAGCGGCCGUGACGCACGGUCCCAAUCCACCGCGGAAAAAAACGCUCAUGGGCUCCCCGAGAAGAGGACCAGGGGGAGGAAGUGGACUUCCAGGCCCAGGUCCGAGAGCCCGGGCUGGACUGCGGACCCCAGAGGCCUCUACAGGGACCAGCACAGGCCUGAGGACUUGGACCCGGACCUGCUGCUGGAGGAAGGCCACGACAACUCCACGCAGAUUGUGAACAUGGACCAUGCAUAUUACACGUCCACUAUUUUCGGCCCGGGAGACGUCGGCGGCCCAGACGUGUGGGUCAACACCGAGGAGAAGGACGGGGACAUGUGGAAAGCUCACGGCUUCCUGUCCAGCACGCACCGCCAAGCCGAGAGAGUCAACCUUUCCUUUGACUUUCCUUUCUACGGCCACGCGCUGAAGGAAGUCACCGUGGCAACUGGAGGCUUUAUCUACACGGGCGAUAUAAUCCACCGCAUGCUGACCGCCACGCAGUACAUUGCCCCGCUCAUGGCCAACUUUGACCCCAGUCUGUCCAAGGACUCCUCUGUCUUUUACUUUGACAACGGCACGGCCCUGGUGGUGCAGUGGACCGGCCUCCACCUGCAGGACAAUGUCCAAUCAGGCACGUUCACCUUCCAAGCUGCUCUGCACAGCGACGGACGCAUUGUGUUUACCUACAAAGAGGUCACCUACCCUCACCUUCUAUACUUUGAGAAUAUUUUUAUUUAUUUUUAUUUUUUUUUCCUGUUCCAGAUUCCUGUUGACAUCAGCGACAUCAGCCGUGAGAAUCAUCCCGUCAAAGUCGGCCUGUCGGACGCGUUUGUGGUGCUUCAUAACAUAGAGCAGAUUCCCAACGUUCGACGAAGGACCAUCUAUGAGUACCACAAAGUGGACUUUUUAAAGUCCAAAAUCUGCAAUGGUACCACUGUAGAGAUGAUACCUCUCCCAACCUGUCUGCAGUUCUCCGGCUGCGCCCCGUGUGUCACGUCUCAGAUCGGCUUCAACUGCACCUGGUGCUCCCGCCUGCAGAGAUGUUCCAGCGGCUUUGACCGAAACCGGCAAAGCUGGGUAGACUCCGGCUGCCAGGAGGAGAGACGAGACCCGCGUUGUCUACGGGGACGCCACGUCACGGACGCAACGCAGACGCGGCGCCACUUCACGGAGGCGACCACUCCGGCUGCUGCCACGUCAGGCCAGCAGAGGACCUCCAGUGUGACCUCCAUGCCUGCAGGCAACACUUCCACCGCCCAGAACCAGCCGACCAGAUUCAGCAGCGACAAGAAUGCCACGUCCACUCCUUGGUCCUUCACCAGCCAGCCUACAGCCGACGGCGAGAACGACACGGGCCAGAGAGAGAAGGUGGGCUUGCUGGCGGGUAUCGUCAUAGUGACGGCGGUAAUGGCGGCGGUGGUCCUUGUGUCCGUCUACAUGUACCACCAUCCCACGUCCAGUGUCAGCCUCUUCUUCCUGGAGCGUCGCCCGGCCAGUUGGCCCACUAUGAAGUUCCGGCGGGGCUCCGGUCACCCGUCCUACGCCGAGGUAGAAAACCUGGGCCGGCGGGACAAAGACAGUGCGGCGGUCAUCGACCCCAAACAAUCCUUCGUCAUGACGAUCAGGCGAGAGAGCGACCAGAAGGAAGGAUUUAUCGUCCCGGACCCCAGGGAGCGUUUCCUCAGCCGGGAGAGCUCCUGACCAAGACUACACCUCCCAGAAUGCUUCGGGACAUUUUCUCUCGUUACGCCGUGCAGAGAGGAAGACGUGGAUGCCUCUAUGAGGAAAUCAGCACAUUAUUUUCACGCCCCUUCAUUGCUUUAAGAAGGUGUCCGUCGAGACCAUACUUGCCAACCCUCCCGCUUUUUCUGGGACACUCCCGAAUUUUAGUGCCUCUUCCGAAAAUCUUAUGGGACAACCAUUCUCACGAAUUUCUCCCGUUUUCAGUAAGGACAGACUGUCGUCACGUCCGCUUUCCCUCCAGUCACGUUAUAACAUCCACGGCUUUUGGAGCUCAGUGCACAACUGCACACACAACAAGUUGCUUCAAAACUACGGCAAGUAGUAAUGUCCAAAAAAACAUAACAGAGACGAAGCAGAAGAAUGAAGAAGAGACAGUCAUGGUCGACGACGAGUAAGAAGAAGAAGUACGCUUGAAAGUUCCAAAAUGGUUGGAAACAAGAAUUUCAGUUCAUCCAGGACAGCUCGAAGGGGGAAAGGGGUACGCUAGGGAGAGAUGGAAGAUUCCAGACUCUGGUAGAUUUGAUGAAGGCACUUUAGUGCGUAACACACAGCAAUACAUGGUUAGAAAGAUAGUGACAGAGAAUAGAACAAGGAUGGAUAAUUCAACCCUAAACUCACUCCUUUCCUGCAAAUUAAAUGUCACAGAUGCUGCCCAUAACUAUGCUCCUUCAAAGGCAAAGCUUUGUACUUGUGUGUGUGUAUGUAUGUAUAUAUAUAUAUAUAUAUAUAUAUA